AUGACACGGUUAUGGCAGACCUCCGGUUAUAGGGGUCUGUCCCUUAUUUAUUUUUUCUUUUACAUAGCCUUCUUGUAUCUCGCGAAGGAGGCUUCAGCACAAACUGUACAGCGAACAGGCUUCGAUAAAACACCUGAUAAAUUUUUUUAUUUCAAAGAUUCACAAGUUAUUCUAUGGCUCGAUGCCGUCUCACAUACCCUUUACCGUUCAGAAGACCAAGGCAAACAAUGGGAUAAAGUAACAGCCAUUGCGGACGAUGAAGCAAAUUUUCUAUAUGAGCAUCCUUUCGACAGCGACAGAGCUUAUGUUAUUGGUAAAAAUAAGAGGCAUUGGCGAACAACGGACAAAGGAAAAUCAUGGCAAGAGUUCAAUACACCUGUUGAGCCUGCUGCCGUAGGUCCUCAUUUAUCAUUUCAUGCAGAACGUUCUAGUUAUGUUCUAUUCACAGGUUUCAAAUGUAAACUUGGGUCUUGGACAGGUGUUGAUUGUCAUGACGAGACUUAUUAUACAAUCAACAAUUUCGACGAUAUCAAUCUCUUAAGGACGCACACGUCAUCUUGUAUUUGGAGCUUAUCUAGCAAACAAUUCGAAAAUGCCCCUGUGAAAGAAGUGAUGUGUGUUGAAUCACCUAGAAAAUCCGGCAUUACUACUCUAUUCGACCCUGAAGAUUUUCGUCUUGUACAAUCCGAAGACUUUUUCAAAACUGAGCAAGUGGUUGAUUUCAAUACUGGCACUGAAGUCAAAGGUGUUAUUGCAGUGAGUGCCAUCAACCGGUUCAUUGUAGCGGUCGUCAAACCGUCAGCAGACACUUCAGAUAUGAUACUGUAUGUCUCACAAGAUGGUGAAAAUUGGCAUAAAGCUGUGUUCCCAGAGGGUGCCAAUUUGCAUGAGAAAGCCUUCACCAUUGUCGAAAGUCCAGGCCCCGCUUUAAUGAUUGAUGUGUUGAGUGGUAGCAGUGAUCAAUUCGGUUCCAUGUAUAAAUCCAACUCAAACGGAACUUUCUUCAUCAAGAGCUUAGAGAAUACGAAUAGAAAUAUGAUGGGUUUCAUUGAUUUUGAACGUAUUCAAGGUGUAGAAGGAAUUCUAAUCGCAAAUGCAGUGAUGAACCCUAAACAAGUCGAUUCUAAAAGUGCAGACAAACAGGUGAACACGCGUAUGAGUUUCGAUGAUGGAGCUACCUGGAAGGAAAUCACGAAUGUAAAGGAUAUGAAUGGAAAGGAUUUAAGCUGCUUUGAUAAACAGUGUGCCCUCCAUCUACACUCAGUCACAUCAAACCAUAAUUACGGUCAGGUAUCGUCAGCUGAAUCGGCAGUAGGCGUUAUCAUGGGAGUAGGCAAUUAUGGUGCUCAUUUGUUAGAAUACGAUGAAUGUGAUACUUUCUUAUCUACUGAUUAUGGCCUUUCAUGGAAGAUGGUUCGAGAAGGUGCCCACAAGUAUGAGUUUGGCGAUCAAGGCGCUUUUUUAGUCUUGGUGGACGAUGAAAAAGAAACGGAUCAUGUUUGGUAUAGUAAAAACCGCGGAGAAAGCUGGGAGAAACUCGAUCUUGGUAUUUCUAUUCGUGCUAGAAUGCUUACCACAGAUCCUGAAUCAACGUCACGAAAGUUUUUGUUAGUGGGCAGUUCGGUUCGAUCUUCCGACACGAAAGUACAGGCUAUUCAGCUCGACUUUACUGAUAUCUUCUCCCGUCAAUGCGUGCUCAAUGAAAAAGAUGAAAACAAGAGUGAUUUUGAAAAGUUUGUUGCUCGUGACCUUACAGAUGGACCGGACUGUUUGAUGGGACAUGAACAGAUAUUUUAUCGUCGCAAGGCAGAUCGUGAUUGUUAUGUUGGACGAGAUUUCCAAGACCCUGUUAUAGAAUUAAAGGAUUGUCCUUGUUCUCGUCAAGAUUAUGAAUGUGAUUAUAACUUUGUUUUCAAUGAGGAUGGUACCUGUGUUCGCAUUGGCCCGGAUUUGAUAUCAGAGGAUGUGUGUAAAUCGAAAGAUAGUAUCUAUCCUGCUUCCAGCGGAUAUCGACUCAUUCCUGGAAAUACUUGCAUUAUUGGCGAAGGGAAGGCAUUAGAUGAACCUGUAGAUCGUAAAUGCAGCGAAAACAAGGAUGGAAUUAUUCCCAAUGCAGCAACAAACUCGGACAGCAAUAAAAGUAAUAGUAAGAUUGCGGCAAAGCCUUCAGAUGAAGACAUUGCUAAAUAUACAACGAUCUUUGAUGAUGAAAUCGAACAAUUCCUCUAUUUCUGUGACUCUGAAGCUGUUCUUAUACGAUUACAAAACGGUGAACUAUGGCGUUCAAGUAACCAAGGCGUCAAGUGGGAAUCCGUUUUAAAGGAUGCAGGCCCAGUCAGCAAUAUUGUGCUACAUGAAUUUGAUAACAACCGAGCCUAUGCAGUUCUAGCUGAUGGCUUACACUUAACAGAGGACCAAGGUGCUAGUUGGCGUACGGUGAAAUUACCCUUACCGCCCAGCCGACGUGCCAGUAACACUUUGGAUUUCCAUCCACAGGAGAAAGAUUGGCUCUUAUUUGUUGGAGAGUCUUGGGAAACUGAACCUCAUAACGAAGCUUUUAUCUCUCGUGACCAUGGAAACUCGUGGGAUUCACUUGAAAUGUAUGUUGAAAAGUGUAUAUUUGGUCGUGAUUCAAAGUAUGCCAUUGAGAAAGAGACUAUUUUUUGCUCGAUAUAUGAUAAAAAUCAGAUAGGCGGAAAUCUGAAACUGGUGCGCACUACUGAUUGGGGACGUACCAAAGAAUCUUACUUUGAUAACAUUGUUGAAUUUUUUGUCGUGGAAGAUUUCAUGGCAGUUGCCUCCAGCAAAAAGGGUGAGCUUAGUCUGUAUGUAAGCAUGAACGGCAAAACAUUUUCAGAAGCUGAGUUCCCGCCAGAUCAGUAUAUCAACCGAAACACAUUCACUGUUCUUCAGUCAACCACACACGCCAUCUUGCUCAAUAUCUUCAAAUCCACCGGCUUUGGAACAGCUUAUGGUGCACUCUAUAAAUCAAAUGAAAACGGCACCUUUUAUCAUCUAUCUUUGGACAACACAAACGGCGAUGGUCUGGGUUACGUCGACUUUGAAAAGAUACAAAAUGUAGAUGGCAUUAUCCUUGCUAAUCAGGUAUGGAAUACAGAUGAGCUUGUCGGCAACCUAGACAAGACAAAGAAAGUUCGUACAAUGAUCAGUUGGGAUGAUGGUGGACACUGGCAAACACUCCCUCCACCUAAAAAUUUUGACUGUGCCAGCAAAGGAUGCUCUCUUAACUUACAUAGCCGCACAGACAUUCAUGGUCCUGGAGCUAUCUUUUCUUCUAGUGGUGCUCCUGGUCUUGCUAUGGGCGUUGGUAAUGUGGGAGCUUCGAUGACGGCCUAUACAGAGAGCGAUACUUUCUUGACCCGUGAUGGUGGACAUACCUGGGAACUCAUCCAAGAAGGCGAACACUUUUAUGAAUUCGGUGAUCAGGGUUCCAUUUUGGUCUUGGUGACAGACGAAAAACCGACCAAAGAACUCUUAUAUUCUUGGGAUCAGGGAGAGACAUGGAACAGCUAUCAAUUCAGCGCUGACGACAUCCGUGUUAAUACAUUGACUACGGAUCCUAAAUCCUCUACCCUCAAAUUUAUCAUUAUCGGCCAUACACGUGGAACCGAGAGAGCACAAGUGGUUAUUACUGUCGAUUUCUCAGAUGCAGGGCUACCCAAGUGUAAACUAGACAAGAAGAAUGAGGAAAAGAGCGACUUUGAACAGUGGAUUCCAAAAGAUGAUGAUGGUGAUGAUGCCUGCUUGCUUGGCCAAAAGACAGCUUAUUGGCGUCGUAAAAAGGAUCGUAAAUGCGUCGUUGGUGCACAAUUCCACGAUCCUGAAGUGCUUACUGUAAAUUGUGAAUGUCGUGAUAUCGAUUUUGAGUGUGACUUUGGAUUUUGGCGUAAUGAUAAGAAUGAAUGUGUGUUUGACGGUCGACAUCCCGACAGACCUGCUAAAUGUGAACCUGGUCAAACCUUCAAAGGAAGAUCUGGCUAUAAAAAGAAUGCUAGAAGUGUUUGUAUUGGCGGUACCAACCUUGAGGAACAAAAAGAAUGGCCCUGUGGUAAAGGAGGUGACAUUGAAAGCAGCAUUACUGAAUUCUCAGACCGCGUUGUGGAUUACAUCUAUUUCACAGAUACGGACCGUGUUAUGAUUCGCACAUUUGACGGUAAAGUCUGGCUUAGCGAAAAUGAUGGUUAUAGUUGGAAGGAACUCUUUUCCGGGCAUAAGAUCAUUUCCAUAUACCAGAAUCCUUUCUUUGAUUCAAGAGCUUUCUUUAUCACCGAAGGUACCACACACUUUGUCACCAACGACAAGGCCUCCAGUUUCGACGAAAUACAAGUACCUCUUUCACCUCUCAACUACCUUCAAGGAACUGUGAUGAGCUUCCACAACGAUGAUCCUGACUACGUCAUUUAUAUUGGUGAGAAAGAUUGUGCUGGAUUAGGCUCCAAAUGCCACUCAGAAGCAUUUUACUCGCGUGAUAAUGGCCGUAGCUGGGCUACUAUCGGUACUUACAUGCGCUCCUGUAUCUGGGGUAGAGAGGGUGCCAUCGAAACCACACACCGUAAUUCUAUCUUCUGUGAACAGUACCGCGAACAAUCUGGCAAUCAAUUGUCACUCUUUGGAAGUAUGUUACAGUUAGUGGCAUCCCAAAACUAUUUCCACGACAAACAUGUUGUUUUUGAUGACAUUGUCGGCGUGACAGUGUUUGGCAAAUACAUGGUUGUGGCCGCAUCCAAGAAUGGCGGAUCGAAUCUUCGUCUUUUUGUUAGCCUCGAUGGUACCACAUUUGCACCUGCCGCUUUCCCUAGCUCCUUCGAUGUAUCACCUGAAGCCUUUACCAUCAUGGAGUCGCUCAAUUCCCUUUGGAUUCAUGUCUCCACAAACACCCAUAGAGGCAGUGAGUUUGGCACAAUUUUCACCUCGAACUCUAACGGCACCUAUUACACUAUUUCACUUGAAAACGCUAACCGCAACGAAAUGGGCAUUGUCGACUUUGAAAAAAUGCAGGGUAUCGAAGGUAUCGCUAUCGCUAAUGUGGUAAGCAAUCCUGGUCAAGCCAACAAGGGUGACCCCAAGAAAUUGAUUACACGUAAAACAGUCGAUGCAGGUGGUCAUUGGAGCGCUCUCACUCCUCCCACGAAGGAUAGCGAGGGCAAACCUUAUGAUUGCAAGGGUUCUGAUUGUGCUCUGCAUCUCCACUGUUACUCUGAACGUCAAAAUUCUCGUGAUUUAUUCAGUCUUUCUAGUGCUGUUGGAUUAAUGGUCGGUGUAGGAAAUGUAGGAACGAGUUUAUCACCUUACCGUGAUGGCGAUAUGUUCCUGACGCGUGAUGCCGGUAAAACAUGGACAGAAAUCCAAAAGGGCGCUCAUCUUUGGGAGUUUGCCGAUCAAGGUGCACUUCUGAUUCUUGUAGAUAACGAGCAGCCUACUAAUUUUGUCAAGUAUACUACCAAUGAGGGUUUAACUUGGAAGACCUAUGAAUUUACCAAGAAGAAUGAAAAAGUUAUCAUUGAAGACAUUAUUACCCAGCCUGAUGGCACAAGUCAAAAAUAUGUCUUGUUUGGAUUAAAGAAUGGCAAAACUGUAGCCUACCAUAUCGACUUUAGCGCUAUUCAUCCUACAAAAUGUAUCCUGGAUGAAAAUCAUCCUAACGAUGAUGAUUUUGAAUUGUGGAGCCCAGAAGAUACACGUGGAGAGAAGUGUCUCUUUGGUCGUGAAGUGCAAUAUUAUCGCCGUAUACAGGAUCAUGAUUGCUAUAUCGGUGAAAAGCUGGUUCAACCUAGAGAAGUCGUUCGUAACUGUACCUGUACUGAGGCAGAUUAUGAAUGUGACUUCAACUUCCUUCGCGAUGCCAAUAACAAGUGUGUUUUGGUUCCUGGGCUUUCGCCACUUGAACCUGUUUGUGAUGGCACUAGAGAUUUUUACUAUACACCCACAGGUUAUCGCAAGAUUGCUGCCUCGACUUGCCAAGGUGGUAAGGAGCUAGAUAAAAUUGGUGCUGAACAGAUGUGGUGUCCAGGUGCCAGUCGCCGUUCACAUGGAUGGAUUGCAUUUAUUUUUGCACCUAUCAUAGGUGCUGGCCUUGUGUUUGCCGCACUUCAAUACCGUCGACGUGGUGGAUUUGGUCGUAUUCGUCUUCCUGACAGCCUUCAUCAGCAAGCUGGUUCCUCUCCAUUCGUUUCUAAUCCAAUUGUCGCGAAGAUUGUAUCAGCAGCAGUUGUCAUUCCUGUAGCUAUCGCCGGCAUCUUUUCUCGGAUUCGUCUUCCAACCUCAUUCUCUGAUAUAAGCCGCUCUUUUGGUAAUUGGGAGUGGCCCUCUUUCUUAUCCAGACGACGACGUUCUGGUGGUUAUACUGCUUUGGGACAAGACGAGCAGGCCGGUGUGUUAUUAGAAGAUUAUGAUGGUUCCGAAGAACAUCUAAUUGAUGAAGCAGACGAGCUAGAUGAUGCCGAUGAAUUUUAA